AUGACUGGUGAGACAUUUGGACACGAUUUUAAACAAAAGUAUUUCUCGUAUUUGAACCCGGGAGCAGUACCUGUCAACCAUGGUUCCUUUGGUGCUGCACCGGCUUGUGUCAUUGACAAACAGGAAUCGCUCUGUGAAGAAGUUGAAGAUUAUCCCGAUCAACUUAUGUUUGUAGAUUUGAAAUCCAAAUAUGUGGAUCAAUUGAAAAGUCUGGGCGAAUAUCUCAACAUUGAUUACCAUAACUUGGCGCUGGUUACCAAUACCACAGUGGGAGUUAACACCGUUUUGAGAUCUUUUCCUUGGGAUUUCAACAAGGACAAACUGCUCUUCCACUCCACCUCUUUCCAAUCAUGUCAAAAUACAGUAAGGUUUCUGAGCGAAUACUUCGGGUUGAGGUUCGACGUUGUUGAGCUCGCCUACCCAUUGGAAGACGCCGAAGUUGUGGCAAAAUUCGAGGCAAAACUCUCGACAGGGGAGUACAGAUUGUGCAUGUUUGACAUGAUUACCUCAAUGCCCGGGGUGAGACUUCCUUAUGAGCAGCUCACAAAACUGUGCCAAAAAUACAACGUCCUCUCGUUAUUGGAUGGAGCGCAUUCUGCUGGUCAAGUUGAUUUACGGUUUUUAGACGAAAUUCAGCCCGAUUUCAUGUCUGCUAACCUGCAUAAAUGGCUUUUCACUCCCAGAUCUUCAGGAAUAUUAUAUGUUAACCCCAAACAUCAUGCUGUAAUUCAAAGUUUACCGAUUUCAUCUCAGUUUACCGCAGAGAUUUGUCACCCGAUUGCAGAGCCAGUAAAUGAGCAACAAAGGAAUCAUAAUCGGGAAAUUCUGAUCAACAAAUUCUAUUUUACUGCCAGCGUAUCCUAUUACCAAUACUUUUGCGUCAAGACAGCCAUUGAGUUUCGCCGCGUUAUUUGCGGCGGAGAAAAGAAGAUUCAUGAAUAUCAAUCCGAAUUAAGAAAAGAUGCCAUUGAUGCAGUUAUAGACAUUUUUGGUCCCGGCGCCAAGCUUAUGGAAAAUUCGACUAAAACGCUGGCUAUUCCUGGAAUGUUUAACGUGUCAUUACCUUUAAGACCAGAAUUUAAGCCAGUCUUGAGCAAGGCAUUGUCAAAUUAUGAUUAUUCCUGCAAGCUGAAGGCCAAAUGCGAGAAGAUUGCCAUCACAGAGAAAAAGUUCGCCCCGGUUGCCUUUCACAAUGAUAAACUAUGGGUGAGAUUUAGUGUCCAGAUUUACAAUGAGCUCGAAGACUAUAAGCUGGUCGCUCAGCGUAUCAAAGAAGCUGUGGAAACUGCUUUCUGGAAUGAGUAUAACAUUCUGUGA